AACUGGGUGUUUGGGGUGGGUGCGGCGUUAACUGUUUAGGUAGCUAACAAAGGAGCUACAUUUCCUCUUCUACAGUCCUCUUUGCGUUCUCCUUUAACCAAAUCACUCAUCUCUCGUAGUUUGAUUUCAUUGUGAUUGGGUUUUUCUUUUCUGCUUUGGAUCUGCCUUGGGUUUUUCACUUAAAACUCGUACCUUUUUAAAUCUAUAUGGAGAUCUGAUUUCAGUUCAAAUUUUCACUGUUUUGGGAUUUCUUUUUACAGCCUUCUGCUCAUUUUUUAUGCUAGGUUUCAUUUAAUCGAGCAACCUCUGUUCCUUGCAUGCUGCUUUUUUUAUGCUAUGUUUUAUCUGUAAUGGCUAUUUUCUCUCUUUUAGUGAGGUACUAACUUAUUUUCUGCUCAUGUGUUGGUCGGCGGUGCCUUUUGAUCUGACAUUUAUUAACCAGGGAUGGACCGUGCCUUAUUAAAAUUUUAGAAGUUCGCCCUCUAACAUAAAAUCCGGCAACUGUUUGGCUCCUGUUGGUGGAGUUAGAGGGGGAAGCUAUGUUGAACUCCAAAUGCAGACAUGGUGCUGUUUGUAAUGAUUUUGAACUAUGUUUAUGUGAGAUUUGAUCAGAGUAUUUGAAAUUCUUCAUAUCCCCUAAUGGCCUCAAAAUCUAGUUCCAAAAUUCCUCCCAAUCAGCAACAGAAGACGAACAAAUCUGAGCUGGCUAUGUCGGAGUGCCUUCUCCGGUCAGUAGAGACUGCACGAAAACAAGGUGUGGCUGAUGCUUCUGAAAAGAAAAGGUCACCCAUUUUUGAUCAAAAUGGUUCUGUUGAGUCUUUAAGCAAGAAGUUGGAGUCAUGCUCAUUUACAUCAUGUGCUAAAAAAGCAUCAGACAGAGUAGAUUCAUCCGAAAUUUCUGCUAAGCAAGAAAAGAAAAUAUCAGAAUAUGGAAGUGUUAAAAACAGCUCAGUAUCUGCCAAAGUUAGCGAUGGGUCUAGUAGUCUUCCCAAGAUUAGUGACCGUCUUGACCGUCUUGAGAGUGGCAAGAGCAGCAUGUGCAGAGGUAGCACAAGUAGUGAUGUGAGUGAAGAAAGCACAUGCAGCAGCUUUAGUAGUAGUAUCAAUAAGCCUCACAAAGCAAACGACUUGAGGUGGGAAGCUAUCCAGGCUGUCAAGGCAAGAGAUGGGAUUCUAGGUUUGAGCCAUUUUAGACUGCUAAGGAGGUUGGGUUGCGGGGACAUCGGGAGUGUUUAUCUGUCGGAUUUGAGUGGAACUAAGUGUUAUUUUGCAAUUAAGGUUAUGGACAAAGCAUCUUUAGCAAGUCGUAAGAAACUGCUUCGGGCUCAAACAGAAAGAGAGAUACUGCAAUCUCUUGAUCAUCCCUUCCUUCCUACACUUUACACACAUUUUGAGACAGAGAAGUUCUCCUGUUUGGUAAUGGAGUUUUGUCCUGGUGGAGACUUGCACACCCUCAGGCAGAAGCAACCCAGGAAACAUUUUCCCGAGCAGGCAGUAAAAUUUUAUGUGGCAGAGGUCUUGCUAGCACUGGAAUAUCUUCAUAUGCUUGGGAUCAUCUAUCGUGAUCUUAAGCCAGAAAAUGUUCUUGUGAGGGAAGAUGGUCAUAUAAUGCUCUCUGAUUUUGAUCUUUCCCUUCGUUGUUCUGUCAGCCCAACUCUUGUCAGGACGUCUUCUCUCGAAUCAGAUACAUUAAGAAAGAACCCAGUUUACUGUGUUCAGCCUGCCUGCAUUGAACCUUCUUGCAUUCAGCCGUCUUGCGUUGCUCCAACAACUUGCUUUUCUCCCCGUCUCUUUUCUAGUAAGUCCAAGAAAGACCGCAAGCCAAAAUGUGAAAUUGCAAACCAAGUUAGCCCAUUACCCGAGCUAAUAGCAGAGCCAACUGAUGCCCGGUCAAUGUCAUUUGUGGGGACUCAUGAGUACUUGGCGCCAGAGAUCAUAAAGGGUGAGGGCCAUGGAAGUGCUGUUGAUUGGUGGACUUUUGGAAUCUUCCUCUAUGAACUUUUGUUUGGUAAAACCCCUUUUAAGGGAUCUGGCAACCGGGCAACAUUGUUCAAUGUCAUAGGAGAGCAUCUUAGGUUUCCAGAAUCACCCGUUGUGAGUUUUGCAGCAAGGGACCUCAUAAGAGGACUACUUGUAAAAGAACCACAACAUAGAUUGGCUUAUAAACGAGGGGCAACCGAGAUUAAGCAACAACCCUUCUUUGAAGGUGUGAAUUGGGCAUUGAUUCGUUGUGCUACCCCACCUGAGAUUCCAAAGCCAGUGGAGCUUGAACGAGUAACAGCUUCCCCGGCAUCAAGUGAAAAGGCUGCUGUCAGUGCAGCUGCUUAUGAUAAAAAGGGUUCAGACAAUUAUCUGGAAUUCGAUUUCUUUUAGCAUUUGUUGCCAUUAAUUGCAAACCCAAUCCGUUUCUCUUUAGGGAGAAGAAUUAUCAUGAACACCCCAAUGGAUGUUGGUAAGAUGUGGAUGAAGUUUUCAUGUUGAUGGAUACAUUACAUGGAAAAAGCCAAAUGUUUGUAGUUGCUUCCUAUUUUAACAAAUUUUAAUCUGCAUUUUGUAAUUA